CUAGAUUUUGCCCGUCAAUGAAAAAAGGAGAAGGCUGCGAUGUUAGCAUGAAGUGCACAUCACCAAAAUGCAGGAGAUAAUAACGGAUAGUGGUUUCCCUCCCCUCUCUUCUCUCCGCCUCAUCGUCCCCCCUCUGCAGCUGGUGUCUGCAGCUCUGUUAGAGAUAGUGAAGCAGGGAGCUGUGAUGUACUUCGGUCUGCUGGAGGAGUUUAUUAGCACAGUGCUGGAAACAGCCCCUGAGCUGCUCACUGACACAGAGAGAGUCCAACUAGUCAUUGGACUUCGAGCAAAGGUGGUGCUAGAGUUGUGCCGUGGUGAUACAUUUGCCAACCAGCAGGCCUUUCAGCUCCACCUGGAUGAGUUAAACACCUACAUCACAAACAAGGAUAAAGAGACCUUUAAUCCUGAUGUCAAAGCUUCACUUACAAAAUUCCUGAGGCUUGUUCACACACUGAUGGAAGAUCAGUGCCAGAGGGAUGUAUUUUAUCAGGACAUUUUCCCAACCGUGUUUGGACCAAAGUAUGACUUGGCUCUACAGGCUCUAAUGAAGAAAUUCCUCUUCAACCUGCAGGUGCUGCUGCCUGUUCCCGACUUUGAACAAACAUCCCUCUGGCUCAGUCUCUCCCCGUCUGUCACAAAAGAGUGUGCUGACUUCAUGAACCAGUCCAAACCCCUGAAAACCCUGAUUCAGCAUCAGAAACAACAAGGUCACACAGUGCCACAAGCAUUGUCACCUUCUUAUGAUGAUUGCAUCCUUUCCAGCCUGUCAUACGACCUACCAAAUUUGGUUGACAACAGCAGUCAUGCAUUUGACAGAUCUGAACCCAUUUGCGACUUUCAAGAUUGGCGAACAAAUAACUUACUGAGCUGUGAGUUAACUUAUGAACAGGAAGAAGAUGGGUCAGAAUUUGAGAUGAAUGUGGAGGAAGAUGGACACGACUGUGUCAACGAUUUAGAUGAAGAGAAGGUAGCUUCAGUUGAAGUAACAGUUCCACCUUUUGAUGAAACUGAGUCUAACAGACGUGACCGAAUAGACAAAAAGUGUCUUUAUCCUUUGAAAACUAGUCUUAGAUCAUCAGCAAAGAAUAUCAAGAGUCAUGUUGGUGUCAAAGAUUUUAGUCCAAUCUGUAUUAAACUACAGAAGCACAAGAUUACCCAGAGUGCUUGCAUUGCAAAAACAAUGAGUCCAACAGAUUCUGCAAGUCAAAGUAGCUCUUGUGAGAAAUUCAGUUUUCAUCCUAAACCAGGGACUUCAAGUGAGAAUGAAUCUUCAAGUGAUGAAGCUGAGCUAUCAUUGUUUGCAAGUGAUACAACACAUAACCCAGCACAUCAGAAGAGCUUUGAAAACUCUGAGCUGCCCAAUGAUGACUGCAGUCUUGUUUGUCAUGUUUGUGCCAAGGUUUUUGCUUGUCAGAAAAACUUUGAUGAACACCAGAGGAUAUGUGCGACCAGAAGUAAACAAAAAGAAGAGGCAAAUCCACAGAGUUCCACAAACUCAGCUCUUCACACUGAAGCACAGUCUGUUGAUAUCAUCGACACAUCUUUUCACUUUGAAACCCAAAAUGUAGAACCACUGGAAUUUAUACCGACAGACUCACUGCAAGACCAGGCAUGUAAAAGAAGCAGUCGCAUCAGACAAUGCUCCAUUUGCAGGGAAAUAUUUCCUUCUUCUACUGACUUGAUGAGGCACAUGCAGUGCCACUAUGAACCAGGUGCCCACCUUUGUUCUCACUGUGGAGAAGAGUUUGAAAGCUACAAAAGCUGUAAAGCACACGAAGCUAAAUGCACAGCUUCAAACCAGAAUUUAAAGGAUAGGUCCAUGAGCACUGAAAGUGAAAUUAAUCAAGAGGUUACUAUGAUUUCUGGUGAAAUAAAUGAGAUCCCAAAAACAGAAAAAAGUGCAUGUGCACCAACCCUGACGUGUCCAGAAUGUGGCAUGGGUUUUGCUCAUCAGACAAGUUAUAAUGAGCAUCAAAAAAACUGUUCAGAAGCAGCGUCCAAGAACCAAAACUUAACCAACGCAGACGAUGUUAUUGUUAUCGAUGGAUGUGACUUCUUUGCCUUUCACAAGGCCAGUGAGAGCCAUGCUGACAAAAGUUCUGAAAUAAACAAUUGCCAAACUGCAGCUCCAUCCACUGCAGACAAUGCAGCAGGCUCCAAGGUUAAAAUCCGAACCUUUAGGUGUACCAUGUGUGAGGAGACCUUUUCGACAAUCUUGGUCAUGCAGCAGCAUUACUCUGAAUCCCAUGAUGUCAGAAGCCCCUACCCCUGUACUUUGUGCAACAAAACUUUUUUGAGAUUGUGUGAAUUGGUUCGACACCAGAAAAACAAAAAGUUGUUCCUAUGCCCUACUUGUAAGCAAGGUUUCAGACGGCCGGAAGAAGUGAAACAGCAUGAAAAAGAACAUCGAGAAACAACUCCCUUCACCUGUGACACAUGUGGGGAGAACUUCACUGUAUGCACUGAUCUGAUUUUGCACAAGAAAAAGCACAGAGAACCACCACCCAAUGAUUGCUCAUAUUGUGGGAAAAAGUUUGGUUCAAGGAAGACCCUGAAAGCCCACAUGGUUAGGCACACAGAUGGUUUCCCAUGCCCAGUGUGCGGUAAAGUAUUCUUUCAAAAAUCCUAUCUCAAUUAUCAUCUGUAUAAACACACAGGGCAGGAGCCUUACCUCUGUGACACAUGUGGGAAAGGCUGGCCCACUCCAGCUCAACUCAAAAUUCACAUUGUGACACACAGAGAGGAUCGGCCGUUUAAGUGUGAAGACUGUGGUGUGGCUUACAAGAGGGAGUCCCAUUUGGUCACUCAUCAGAGAUCCAGACAUGGCAGCUCAAGGCCGCAUGUGUGUGAGGUUUGUGGCAUGGCCUUUAGAUUAAACAGCAAACUUAAAAUCCACAUGAUGGUCCACACGGGGGAACGGCCUUUCUCAUGCCCAAUUUGUGGCAAAACAUAUAAAACAAAGUUUGAGUUAAAGAAGCACAGAGAAAAGCCAUGUCUGUAGGUGCAUACUGUUUGUGAGCUUGUAAUGUGUUCAAACUGAUUGUGAUUUCUGUUAUAUUUCUUACAUACAGUAAACACCGGUAUACAUGCUACUUGUUCUUUAAGUCUACUAUGUUUUAAUAUGUAUGGUAGCUUAAGUAAUUGGGCUGCUGAUGUGGAAAUAA